GCUUGUGUUACCCUGCCAAGGUCUAACUCCAGAUUUUGGGAAAUUUAAUGCAUUUUAAACCAUACAGUGUUUUCGUGUCCAGUUAAGAAUACAAGAGAGAAGAUUGUUUUUGUAAAGAAGGAUUGGCAAUUUAAAUAUUCAAUCGUUUGAUGUCUUCUUUUACAAGCCUUGCGAAAAAAACUCAUUUAUAAGAAUUAGAAAUUGGCAGAAAGAGAACAUUUCCUAUAGUGUUAUUGUAGAAGAUAGUAAGAAAACAUGAAAAUGAAUAUUAGACUGAUGAAAAACUAUUAUCAGGUCUCUGAAAUCGGAAAAAGAUAAGUGUACUUAAAACAGUACAUUAUUUUAUAUAUGAGACGCAAAAACUGUGGCAAACUGAUAUCUUUUACUUUAAAAUUUCGGUAAAACCAACCAUAUACAUGGAACUGUACACGAUAAAUACACGCUCUCUGUGUGCAGUGACUCAACGAUGUCAGAUUCCAUCUAUUAAAGAAGAAAAAUGCUCUUUGCUUGUAAAACUUCUUUUGAAAUGCAUAUCCUUAUCUUCUGACGUGUGCUAGUGCUAUCAAGACUGAACUCCACGAAAACAAAAUACAGUUAAAAAUCAAGUUUUUGCAGUUCGAAAGCAGUAAAAUGAAGAAGACGCAGUUUUGCUGAAUUCAGGGAGUCAUGUGUGUGUUGUUAUCAGUUUGGUUUUUUUACAUAUCAGCUGUGCUUGCAGUUGAAGGAGCGAAGGCUACAGUUACAAUUCCUCCAAAAUUUAAGGAAAAUACCCCAUCAUACCUGGAAGUGGCUGUGGGACAAAAAGUAAAACUGAGAUGUGCAGUUUCUGGCAGUCCAAAACCUGUCGUUGAAUGGUUUGCAUUGAACAAUAAUUUGUCACUUUCUCUUUCUACGGAACGUUUUAGGAUCACAAAGAACAGCUUGACGAUUGAAAAUGUCACAGAUUCUGACUCAGAUGCUUAUUUUUGCAAAGCCUAUAAUGAAUACGGCACGAUAUGGAAGAAUUUCACAGUUAAAGUCAUAGAAAAAGAACCUGAAAACUUGUUGGAAGAACCUCAGGCAGAUGAUAGUCGAGUUCGCCCAAGACCACUUUUCAAACCAGGAGACAAAUUUGCGCCUUAUUUUACUCAGCCAUUUAAAAUGGAUAUUAAGCUCUUAGCAAGGCCCGCGGGCAGUUCUGUCACUCUGAAGUGCCCGGUGAAUGGUAAUCCUAUUCCCAAGAUCAAAUGGCUGAAAAAUGGAGAAGUGCCAGAGAGAGAAAUAGAUAUUAUCUAUAGAAAAUAUUCUAUGACAAUUGAGCAUUUAUUAACAAGCGAUACAGGGAAUUACACUUGUAUUGUUUCAAACUCAGAAGGAGAGAUUCAGUGGCAUUAUCAAGUCGAAGUUGAAGAACGGAUCCCCCAUCGACCCAUUUUUCGUGACGGUUAUCCACAGAACCAGACAGUAUAUGUAGGACAAACAGCAAAAUUUGAAUGUCAGUUUAUUAGUGAUCUGCAGCCCAGGAUGAGAUGGAUAAAACAUUUUGUUGUUAACGGCUCCUAUACGGAUAGUGCUGGCACACCCUAUGUUGAACCUUUAGAAAGUAACGAUCCAAAUGUUACUGAUCCAUAUUUUCUCGUUUUGUCAAACGUGACAUUUGAUGAUGAAGGGUAUUAUAGUUGCAUUGCAGGAAACGCUCUUGGAGUGUCUUAUCGUAGUGCCUACCUAAAAGUUUUAGGACCACCAGAGGAAGCGGUACCACAGAAAAUUUUGUCUGAAGCACAAACGCCUUUGAUAUGGGUCAUAGCCAUCUUCGUUUUUGUUCCGGCUUGUACAGUCACUGGUAUCCUGAUUUGUCGUUGCAAGUAUGCUAAAAAAAAACUGAAAGCCAAUCAAAAGAUAGUAGUUACCAAAAAAGUGAUUCUAGAAAGAAAUGAGGAUAAUUCCAUUAUUCCAUUGGUAAAGAUUGACUACAACAUGACAUUUUCAACCGGCAAAGGAAAAACGCCAGUUUAUACUCCAGAGUAUGAAUUACCAUUAGAUCCAGCAUACGAAUUUCCUCGAGAGAAACUUAUUUUAGGCGAACGGCUGGGAGAAGGGGCAUUUGGUGUCGUCAUUCAGGCAGAGGCAAUCAGACUAAAUAAUACUGAAGGCUCCACCACAGUAGCUGUAAAAAUGCUAAAAGAUAAUCAUUUAGAUAGUGAGAUGACAGCUUUGGUUUCCGAAAUGGAACUCAUGAAAGUCAUUGGGAAACAUCCCAAUGUUAUCAGUCUUCUGGGAUGUUGUACACAAAAUGGACCAUUAUAUGUCAUCGUCGAAAUGGCUUCAAGAGGGAAUCUUAGGGAUUUUCUGAGGUUACACCGGCCUACUGAUGCAUCUGGAUAUGAACAACCAAUAACUUUGAACAGUGAUCCUACAAUACUAACUCUCAAAAACCUUAUUUCAUUUGCUUACCAAGUAUCAAGAGGCAUGGAAUAUUUAGCUUCGAAGAGAUAUAUUCACAGAGAUCUUGCUGCUCGAAAUGUUCUUCUAACUGAAGGAUACGUAGCAAAAAUUGCAGACUUCGGUUUAGCACGGGACAUUCAAAAUACUGAUUACUAUAAAAAGACAACCAGCGGCCGUUUACCAGUAAAGUGGAUGGCGCCCGAAUCUUUGUCUGAGCGAAUUUACAGCUGUAAAUCUGAUGUGUGGUCUUUUGGAAUAUUGCUGUUUGAAAUUUUCACACUCGGGGGUACUCCGUAUCCAACAAUUCCGUGUGAAAAGCUUUACCAAAAACUGAAAGAUGGACAUAGACUGGACAAACCUGACCAGUGUCCUAUGGAUAUAUAUAUGCUGAUGCGUCAUUGUUGGCUAGAGGAUCCUGUAGAUCGUCCUACUUUUACCGAAAUUGCAAGAAUUUUAGAUUCGAUACUCCUUGAUUCAUUAGAAAGGGUUUAUCUUGAACUGGAUUUUCCCAUCUUAGAAACACCCGAGAAUAGUAGCUCAGGAGAAGACGAUUAAUGUUGACGCAACAACCACUCUUACAAUCUUGCUUCUCUUUUUAUUUAUUUCAUCGCAUUUUAUUCAUCACUCACGCCUUGAAGAAAAAUAAAAAUCCGAUAGAAUUUGGCUUGAACAUGUUAAUAAAUAAUUUUUAUUUUUUAAAUCCUGUAGCUGUGCUUGAAUGAUGAAAUUUUGCUACGUAACUGAGUAUGAAAAAACUUUUUGUAAAUGCAUUCAACUGUGUAUUUUUUGGCAAAUAACUUGGGGAUAAAUUUUCAUUUGAAAUCACAGUGAAAAAGAAUGAGUAAAUAUUUUCUGUUAUUCUCAUAUUUUUUCAGUAUGGUGUUUGAUUUGCAAAAUAUGAUGAUUUGAACUCUCUUGUAUUUUGCUGUUAUAUGAAUGGAAAAUGUCUUUCCUACAGCUGAAGGAUUUGAAUGAUUCAAUCUCAGAUGAAAUACUAUCUGUACAGCAUAACAUGUAUUAUUUCAUGCUUUUUAUAUUUUUUGUUACUAUGACAGAUGUGCUGUUUUAAAAACCCAGCAAGGAAAAUUAGUUGAAAACUAUCUUCAUGCUAUGCUCUGUCAAAUUUCAUCCAUUUUUAUUUUUAUCAUCUCCUUUCAUCGUGGUGUAGAGAUAAUUAAUAGCGGACAUAUUUACUGAGAUCAGCCGAAAAGAAUGAUUUGCAUAUGAGCUGUAUGUAUUAAGAGUGACUAGGAGUCUCUCUGAUAACUUUUAAUAUUUGUACAUUAUAUACUUUAUGAUAUCUAAUCUAGAAUUUCAUUUUUAAGCAUAUCAUUUGUACAGAAUCUCAAAUCUUCAUUUCAUCAGUUACAUUAUUUUUCAUAAAUAAAUUAUUGUUCAUUUUUCAUUGCUACUUUAAAAUCAAAACAGCAUGUAGAUUUUUUUUUUAAUUUGCUUGACAUAGCAGACUUUUAUUUUCCAGUUUAUGAAUGUAUCUUUAUAUAAGGCAUUGUAUUCGUUUCUGUUGCUUGCUUUUAUAUCAAACUAAUUACUUGUCAGUUAUGAUCAGAUUUUUAUACAUUCUUUAAUUUCAUUUCAUCACAUUAUAAUUCUAAAAAUGUAGCUGAUUAUAACAGUGUUUUGUACCAGAUAUCUAAAAUUAAGUAGCUGAAAAGUUAUCAUUAAAGUACUGCAUUUAUAGUCUACAGUAGGGGUCUUCAACCUUUCACACCCGAGGGCCACAUCAAUAAAUUCACAAAGAUCCGUGGGCCACAUAUCUGUCAAAACGUAGUGUAGUCAGAAAAUGUACAUAAUAAAGGUAGGUUUGUUUUGCAAGACUACAAUUGAUUCUAAGCGAAGAGAUGAUGUUACAAAUUUGUAUAUAUAUACAUUGGUUCCAAAAAAGUCAAAUGGAAAUCGAAAUAAAAUGCUUUGCAACUUUUUUUAACUAUGAAUAAAAAAAUAUAAAGAUGAUUGCACAGAACGAUGUUACAAAAUGCAUUUAUUAUAAAAAAAAGAAAGAAAAACUAACAUUGCUGGCGGGAGAUAGUAGUUACAUUUAGUUUUAAUGUGAAAUUUGACAUUGGUUUUGCUUCAUUAAAGCUUCAAUAUCCAGUUUAAUCUGUGUUUUGCAGUUCGUAAAGUUUUCCCCAAAAGUCUGUCAGUCAGCCGUGUCCUUGUUUUUAAUUUUAGGAUUUUCAUUUUACUAAAAAGCAUUUCACAUAUCUAGGCAUUGCCAAAGAUAAGAGACAUGAAGAGUACAUGCUUACGACUUCCUGGAUAUUUGUCUUCAAUCACGUACUUUGAAUAAAAAUCAACUAAUGUAGAAUUUCAAACAAACCUACAUUUUACUGCAGAGUCACUCUGUAAAUCUAUAAAGUCUAAUUGAAGUUCAUUUGGAACACUUCCAACGUCUACUAAAAAUGGCAAGGAGAACAUUCUCAUAAAAAUUUCAUUUUCACAAAAAACAGAAAAUCUGCUUUCCUCUUUCAAAUUUGAAAUGCUUUGUAUAUAAUUAUUGGAGUUCUACGUUGUAGAGCUCUUCACACACUCCAUCAAUUUCGGAAAGUGAGUGGAAUAUUAUUUAGCAAUUGUUUUUUCCACAAGAUUAAUUUUGUCUCAAAAUCUUUCACAAAGUAAUAAAUAUUAUGAACAAGUUGAUCUUUUCCCAGUAAGCAGUAGUAAGUUGAGAUGACCUGUAAAAUCGACAAGAAAUGCAAAUCUCUCAACCAUUUCCUCGUCACUGAACUCAUGAAUAAAUUUUCUCCUUAGAUUCCAUGCAUUGUUGAACUUCGAUCUUCAAAGAAAACAGGCACCGAAUUAUCUUUUUUCUGCUCAAAAAACGUACUUCUGCAUAAUACACAACAUCACCAUAUUCAGCGUCCAGAUCAUUCAAGAACUGGUGAAAUUACCUGUGAUUAAGUCCUUUUUGACCGAAUGAAAUUAACCACUUAAACAAAAAUAUUCAUCACAUGUUCAAAGUUUGUGAAGGACUUCUUGCACAAAUUUUCUUGGUAGGUGAUGCAGUGGAAAGUCAUCAUAUUAUUACUUCCACUUGCAUUCACAUCAGAUUUGAAUAAUGUUGUUAUUCGUAUUUUCUCUCCAAUCAUAUGUUAGCGCUAUCCGUAGUUAUAGUAGAUAUAUUACUGAAGUAUAACUCACAUUCAUCCAAAGUUGGUGUCAGAUUCGAAUAAAAACUGUUCCUCGUGUUGUACAUUUAAGUGCAAAGACACUGGCUAAUUCCUCUACAUUUGUGAAGUCUAUCAACGCCACGAAUAAAAAUGGAUACUUGUGCAGUAUCUGUUGAUUCAUCCAUCACUACAGAAUAAAACUCAAUUCUUUUUAUAUGUAUUUUAAUUUACUGAAUAUAUCUGUUGCGAGAUCCUCUGUGCGUUUUGCUUCUGUCACACCAGACAAGAUAAUAUUUGAUAUGACUGGAGCCUGUGAUGGGCAAAGCACAUCAACUGCACUCUUAAGACAUUCUUUUACGAAUUCUCCAUCAGCAAAGGGUUUUUCAUGCUUAGCAAUUUUUCCUGCUAUCAUGUAACUAACACGAACACUAUUUUCAGAUUUUUUAUUCAAUGUGAUGAAGAAAGGCUUCUGAAAAUUUAAUUUGAUGUAAAUUCACUCACCUUAUCACUUCGAAAAUGACCUUCCAAUGUAAACUAUUUCUCACAUGUUGUAUUCCUUCAUCACAACUACACUGUUAUUGCAAAUAAGGCAAACUGCCUUACCCUUAUGUACAACCACUUUUUUUGAAAAUAACCUCACUUUUCUUUCAACUUUUCUUUUUUGUUAUCACGGCUUGCCAUUGUGUACUCAUUUAAAGGCCAUAAACGCUUCUGAAUUUUAAAAUGUGGAAUGGGUAGGAGAAACAGAAUUAUGUUAAUUUAUUCUCGCUCCCCUCUAUAGUAGCGACACGCUCAAGAUCACCUUUGGCAUUUGGAUUUAUUGACGAAAGAUUGACAUUUGUUGCAAACCUGUUAGAAAUAAGAAUCUAACCUUUUUAUGGAAUUGAGAACUUUUUACUUUUAAUAUUGCAUAAGAUAAAGUGAAAUUUUUGAAGAAUUCGUCAUUUUCAGAAAAUUUUAUCUCAAAUAAUAUAAAGCAUGUCAAUAAAAUGUUUUAAAUAUCAAGAAUAAGAGAAAAAAAGAAAUUUUUAAAGACCAAAAGCUGACAAGGCAAUUUUCCUAAAAUUCUUUAAUUUUUAUUCAAAUUUAAAUGUGGGGCCACUAAAAUGCCCUCAGCGAGCCACGGGUUGAAGACCCCUAGUCUACAUACAGUAUGAUAAUUUUUAAUUUUCAUUUUUUAGUCCAAAAAUCUACUCAGAAUUUAAAGGCAAAGAUAAAAACUAGAAAUGUAUUUUAUAGAGCAAUUCUAUUUGUGCAUUAAUUCAUUUAGUUUCAUUACAGUCUGAAAAUGUAACAUAAUUAUUAUUGUUUUUUUGCAAGAUAAUUUAACAUUUACUAAUUUGCAGCAAAAAAAUUUAGCAGUGUUAUAUUAUCUUUAUCAUAUACGUUCAUAUAACUUUACAAUUUAAUGUAAUAUUUUAUUUAAGAGAUUGGUCCAAAAGUAAAAUGUGAGUUUUAACCUCUUCGCUUCCAACGUCGAGCAAACGAAGUUUCCUCAUAUCGCCUUGAUCUGCGAGCGCUGAGCGUCACUGUGUGCAGGAGCACGUAAUUCCUAUAAAAUCUGCUUUGUAUUUAAAUAAUUGGAGUCUUGCAUAUGUGACUUUAAUAAUGUUUAUCAUAAUAUAAACACAAUAUCUUAAUAUUUAAAAAUAAUGUGAAAAUUUAGAAUAAGUUUUAAAUUGCAAUAUUAGUAAAAAAAAAAAAAAAAAAUCUGAAACUUUUCAGAUUUGACAUUACACCCAAAAGGGAGUUUUUUU